AUGCAGUUAGACUUAGGAUGGAACAGCCUUAUCUACAACUACAAGAUGAGCCCGGCUCUCCUUAAAUUCCACCUAAACUCGACACACGACGUGGCUAAUACCCCUGCAAACAUGAAAUUGUGGAACUACUCGAGUACAGGAAAUUGUACACUUUGUGGUUGGAAGACGUGCAACAUCAAGCACAUCCUAGCCGUCUGCAGUGUAGCAAGAAACUCCAAAAGGUACAACUGGAGACAUGACAACGUCCUACGUGUUAUAGCCGGAGCCUUGCUUGACCAACUCAAGAUGUACAAUUCCUCAGGUUCCACGACCUCUGACAAAGAAUGGAUACGGUUCAAGUCGAAGGAUGGGAAGUAUGAACACCCAAAGCCAAAGUUGAGGAAGGAGAGGCCCUUUGAGAGAGCGAAAGACUGGAAGCUGAUAUGGGACGAGGAUACACUACCUGCCCAGUUCCCACAGCACAUCUACAACACAGCGGAGAGACCCGACAUUGUAGUAUGGUCGGAUAGUUUGAGAGAAGUAGUUCUGAUUGAACUGACUUGUGGUGACGAGAGUAACUUCAGUGACCAAGUAGCACGUAAAGAAGCACGCUACAACAGAGAGCUGAUUCCUGGCAUCGACGGGUGCGGUUGGAAAGCUCUGCUCUUUACGGUAGAGAUUGGGUGUAGGGGCUUCUGGCACCAUACUGUACCAGCUCUAUUCAACUACUUUGGAUUGGCGAAGAGAACGAAGAAUAAAGCCCUGAAUGAGGCUGCUGUGGUCGCUCUUCGAUGUUCCUAUACAAUCUGGUUAGCCCGCGACAACAAGAAAUGGUCUACCUGCUACGACAUCGCAAGGAGGCCAGUGGCGUAA